CACGUUGCGAGCCACGCGUGGUUAUCAACUAGUCAAAACGUUCAACUUUAUCAGCGGUUCAAAUGAACCCCUGACAAAGGAUUCCGUAAUGGAUACGGAGUAACAUUUUUUUAAAAAUGUUUAGUCAAUUCCAAACAAUUCUAAACAACCCCAAACAACUCUAUGUAAAUUGUAAACCAGAUGCUUAUUUAUUUGGCCAUCCCACUCUCCAGUUUCUCCGUCCUCCGCCGAAUGCACCACCACCACCCUUGCUCGCAGCAGGUAAGCUGAGCGCCUCCGCAAAAUGUCGGUUUGUCCGAGCGCCCUCUUGUCGGCGAAGUUCUCCACCUUCAAGUCUGCAAAUGAUCUCAAAAGACCUAACUUUUGCCUCUCUUCCUCCAAUUUCUGUACAUUAGGUCGGAAGAUAGAACCUGUUUCCACCCCAAUCUUGUCAUUCUCAGAUGGUCAGAGUAAGCAGACUAGGAGAUCUUUGCGAGUACAUGGAUUAUUUGGCGGUAAAAAGGGCAAUAAUGACAAUGCCGACAAGAUAGACAAUGCAUCAAAGGCAGGAAUAUUGGGAAACAUGCAAAAUCUCUAUGAGACAGUAAAAAAGGCACAGAUGGUUGUCCAAGUUGAGGCGGUGCGCGUCCAGAAAGAACUUGCAGCAGCAGAGUUUGAUGGUUAUUGCGAAGGGGAGCUCAUUAAGGCAACUCUGACUGGCAACCAGCAGCCCUUGCGGAUUGAGAUAACUGAAGCUGCAAUGGGAUUGGGAGCACAAAAACUCUCUCUUUUGGUUACUGAGGCAUACAUGGAUGCUCACCAAAAAAGUGUACAGGGAAUGAAGGAGAGAAUGAGCAAUCUUGCUCAAAGCUUAGGAAUGCCAGAAGGCCUAAGUGAAGGCUUGAAGUAAUUAAGUGAUAUAUUUGAAGUUCUUUUUUUUUCAUUGAUUUUUUAUUAUUAAAUGUUGACCAAUGUAUUUUUUUUUCUUAUAAACAAUACCAUGUGUUUUUUUCUCUUUGAAAAUCUGUUCAAACUUGUUCGAGAGAAUAUAAAAAAGCGAAAAAAAAUAAGCAGAAACCAUAAAG